AUUUACUCAGGCGAAUCUUUCCAUUAAACGAAUCAAGGAGGAAAUUGUCAUUGCCUCGUCCAUCGAAUGCGGCCAGAAGCCUUGGCCCAAAACGCAGAUGCGUGGCAUCCACAUGAGCAGCUCUCCUGGUCAUUGCCACUUUUCUCUGUUGCCACGGAGUUGCGAUGGACGCGUGCCUGUUUGUUGGUCAACAACAAUCAAAGUGCAUUUGCAUUGUUUGGCGGCGCGAAAGCAAAAGGACCAUGACUUCCGUGGGGAAGGGAAGGGAAAGCGACGAUGCACCGGCACAUUCCAUGGGACUCAAAAUAAUGAACCGCACGGCAAUCUCCCCAGAACGGAAGGCAGAAAAAAUACUUCACGUUUUCAAGACGGCGAAUGGAACUACGAUGUUCUUGAUCAAGUUCAAGGACUCGCCCCUGGUGGAACAGGUUCCAGCUAUCGAGGCCAACAUAAGCAUUUCCCAAAUGGUGAUCGACUUCUACAUGGACCGCCUAUCCUUCCCACCGCCCGACUGCCGGAGAAGCAAUCCGAGAAAGAGAAAAGCCAGCGAGGAUGAUUUAUAAUUAAAUUCAAUUA